AUGACUAAUGUUCCAAGCAAGAGAGGAAUCUCCUCGAUUCUAGGUGAUUUUCUUUUGAAAUCUGGGGAUGAUGCUGGUAAAACCGUUGCUCGUGAAGGCUCAGGGGUUAAGUUUUCCAAGAGGUUGUGUUUAGUUGUUGACGACUUGGUGAAGGAGAGUACUAGGACUUGUAGUGAUACAAACAAUGGUUCUUCUGAUGGUGAUAAGAUUAGUUUUGAUGCUGAUUCUGAGAAUUUCGAUGUGAAAGAGUCUCAGGUGGAACGAGUUCAGAAAAAUGACCCACAAUCGUUUGGAUGUGGUACAUUCUCUGGGUUGAGCUGUAAGCAACGAGCUGAAGAGUGGUUUGCUCUAGAAAUGGAACAAGUCUAUGUUUUAGAGAAUCAGGCUACUGAGAUCUCUGAACAAAUAAAAGGACAAAUAGCGAAACGAAACGUUCGUUUUGCUGCUUCUAUUUACAUAUCCUGUAGACAAAAUGGCAUUGCGUUGAGUAUCAGAGAGAUAUCUACUGUUUCCAAUGGAGCAGAGGAGUCCAAGAUUACUAGUGCAGUCAAAUCCGUAGCUGACAGACUUGGCCUCACGCCUCAGUUGAUGCACAUCCGAGCUGUUGAGUUUGCAAAGCGAUAUUCUACCGAGCUUGAAAUGGAUAGCGAAGCCGUUAAAGCUGCUGAAGAAGCUGCGGAGAAGUGUACUAAACAUGUUAAAAGGUACGUACCAAAGUAG